AUGCGUCAUAGCCAGCGACAAAUGUGUACCUUUCGCUUAUCCCCACGAGAGCGCCGCCGGAGGAAUUUCUCAUUUUCUUUGCGGUCAGGAAUAGCUUUAUUCUUGUGGAAUGUUGUUUCCAAGCAGCCCCUUGGUAACAUUUCCUUUCUUUCUUUCUUUAUCCAUCUAGAUUUACAUUUCUUUCUCGCUAUGCAUUUCUUUUUCUUUUUUUCCUCUCCACUUCUUUUUUUUCUUUUUAUUUCUGUUUAUAUCUUUUGUUUUAAUCUUUUUGCUUUUUUGAAUAUAUCUCAGGACAUUUCGUUGUCUUCUUUCUUUCUUUCUUUGACGUUUUUCUUUCUUUCAUUGUUUUUUUCUUUUUUUUUCAUUUUCUUUCUUUCUUUUUUAUGCAUUUUGGUUUGUAUGCUUUUCUUUCUUUUUCAGUUUUUUCUUUCGUUGACACCUUUCUUUUCCUUCUUUCUUUCUUUCUUUCUUAAAUUCGCUUUCUCUUUCACAUCGUUACUUCCUGACGUUUAUUACUCGCUAUUCUCUCUUUUUUUAUAUCGUUAUUCAUUGACACUUCGUUUUUCUUUCCAUUUCUCAUUUUUUCCCCCUCUUCUUUUUUCUUUUGUUGCUGCAGAUGGUUUGGUUUUUUAUCGUUCCUCAUUUAAAUUUCUCAUUCCUCUUCUUCGUCUUCUUCUUUCUUUCCUCUUCUUCGUCUUCUUCUUUGUUUGGUUCCUUAAAUUCUUUUUCAUUAUCGUAAUCAUCACCAUCAUCAUCAUAUUUUUCUUCUUCUUCUUCUUCUUCUUUUCUUCUUCUUCUUUUCUUCUUCUACUUCUUUUUCUUCAUUUUCUUCUUCUCUCUUUCAUAUCGUUCCAUAUUUAA